AAGAUUAUUAUUGGUGAAGAAACCAUGAAAUUACUAGUUUGGAUGUUUGUGUUUAUCAUGUCUUUUCAACUAUAUGGGUAUUGUUUCACAAACGCAUUAAUCCUUCCUAAAGAUCGACGACCAAGCUUUGUCAAUAUUGGAUCUGUCUUCUCUUUUAGUUCCUCCAUUGGAAGAGCUUCCAAAAUCGCCAUUGAAGCAGCUGUUGAAGAUAUUAAUUCCAACCCAUCUCUUCUUGGAGGCACCAAACUCAAUCUCACCAUGCUUGAUUCCAACUCCAACGGUUUUCUCACCAUUCUUGACGCAUUAAGGUUCAUGGAGACAAACACCAUAGCCAUCAUCGGCCCACAAUCAUCCUCCAUGGCUCACAUCAUCUCUAACAUCAUCAACGAGCUCCAAGUCCCAUUAUUAUCUUUCGCAGCAUCGGACCCCACCCUUUCCUCUAUCCAAUACCCGUUCUUCGUCAGAACGACGCAAAACGGUAUUUACCAGAUAACCGUCAUUGCUCGUAUUAUCGAGCAUUAUGGAUGGAGGGAAGUUGUCGUUGUCUACACCAACGACGACGAUGGGAGAAACGGUUUAGCAGCAUUGAACGAUCAAUUAUCGAUCUCUUACAAAGCUCCUCUAAGGAUUAAACCCUCGAGAGACGAAAUUACAAAUGUAUUGGUUAAGGUUGCGUUGACAUCUUCUAGGGUUGUUGUUCUUCUAACUCAUCCCGACUGUGGGAUUGAAACACUCUCCGUGGCGAAACAUCUCGGGAUGUUGGAAACCGGCUAUGUUUGGUUCUCCACGGACUGGCUCUCCACUUAUCUUGACACGAAUCCUUGGUCGUCCGCGGUUAUAAUGGAGAAUUUGCAAGGGCUAGUUACUCUAAGGAUGUACACGCCGGAUUCGGAGACGAAAACUAGGUUUGUUUCAAGGUGGAAUGAUCUAACUAGACGAAAUAGAUCCAAUGAUGGGCGUUUAGGUUUGAACGUUUAUGCUCUUUACGCUUAUGACACGGUUUGGCUUCUUGCUAAUGCGAUUAAUCGGUUCUUGAGCGUAGACGGUGUGAUAUCGUUCUCUAAUUAUUCAAAUUCGGAGGGUCUUAGUGUCUUUGAUGGCGGGAAGUUACUACUUGAAAGUAUUUUAGAGGUGAAUACUAAUGGCUUAACCGGAGAGAUUAGGUUUUCGUCGGAUAGAUCGUUUAUUCACCCGACGUUUGAAGUUGUUAACGUGAUUGGGACCGGUUUUAGGACGGUUGGGUAUUGGUCAAAUUAUUCAGGCUUAUUGACCUUGCCACCGGACAAAACCGGUCCCAAUAAUUCGAGUUCAAAUAUUUUUGGAAUGGUUUGGCCGGGGCAGACGACGGAAAAGCCACGUGGAUGGGUUUUCCCUAACAAUGGGAAGAAGUUGAGGAUUGGCGUUCCGAAUCGUGUUAGUUAUCUUGAAUUUAUACAUUAUUUUUCGGAUGAAGAUAUGUUUAAAGGCUAUUGUAUUGAUGUUUUUACUGCGGUUGUGGACUUGUUGGCGUAUUCUGUUCCUUAUGUGUUUGUACCUUAUGGUGACGGAAUCAACAACCCAAAUUGUACUGAACUUGUUCGUCUCGUCACAAUUGGUGUUUAUGAUGCUGCAAUCGGAGACAUUGCAAUCAUCACUCGACGAACAAAGAAAGUGGACUUUACGCAACCAUAUAUAGAGUCCGGGUUAGUUGUGGUGGCACCUUUAAAGAAAUUGGAGAUAGACGUGUGGGCUUUCCUAAGACCAUUCACUCCAAGCAUGUGGUUUGUCAUGGCGCUAUCGUUUUUGAUAAUUGGAACCGUCAUUUGGAUCUUGGAGCAUAGGUUGAAUGACGAGUUUCGUGGCCCUCCUUAUAGACAACUUACCACUAUAUUAUGGUUUAGCUUUUCGACUUGGUUCUUCGCUCAUAGAGAAAAUAUAGUUAGCAUGAUGGGUAGGUUUGUAUUAAUCAUUUGGCUAUUUGUAGUUCUAAUAAUAAAUUCCAGCUACACAGCAAGCCUAACAUCAAUACUAACAGUUCAACAACUUUCAUCACCCAUCAAAGGAAUCGAUUCUCUAUUAGCCUCGAACGAUCCAAUCGGUUACCAACACGGUUCGUUUGCUCGUAACUAUCUUCACACCGAACUUGGCAUUCAUUUGUCAAGGUUGAUUCCUCUUAACUCCCCCGAAGAUCUCGAGAAAGCCCUUAACGAUGGUCCAAACAAUGGCGGUGUUGCAGCUGUUAUCGAUGAAAAAGCAUACUUGGAUCUUUUUCUUACCACCCGUUGUAAUUUCACAAUCGUCGGUCAAGAAUUCACUAAAAACGGAUGGGGAUUUGUGUUUCCGAGGAAUUCUCCAUUGACGGGGGACAUGUCAACAGCGAUUUUGAAGUUAUCGGAGAAUGGAGAUUUACGAAGGAUACAUAAUAAAUGGAUAAAAGAAAGUGCUUGUAGUUCAAAUCAGGAUGCUAAGCUUUCAGUUGAUAGGCUUCAAAUUAAGAGCUUUUCCGGUUUGUUUAUUCUUUGUGGGGUGGUUUGUUUGAUAGCCGUUGGCGUUUACUUUUGUCGGAAACUGCACCAAUUCAACCGAGACUUUGUGGAUGAAGAAGAUCGCGAGGUGGCGGCUGAGCGUUCUAGUGAAGGGUCGAGAUUAAGGAAGCUUAAAAUGUUUAUUUCAUUUCUUGAUCAGAAGGAAGAGGAUGUUAAAGCUCGGGAAAUUAUCAAGAUGGAAUCGACUUUAAAAUGUUAAAUUUUAUUAUUAUUAUUA